UGCUUUGUUAACUGUUUUUAUUAUAGUAGCUACCCUUCUUCAACAAAGAAGAAGUAAUUUUUGUGAAAUUCAUUUUUCAAAAUCUGGAGAUGCAAAACUUCUAGAUGUUUGGCUCCAAAAAAAAAUGCUUGAAAUGGAGAAGACUUUAAGAAUUUUUGCUUACGAUUUAGAGGGUUACACUCUAAAGAAUGGCCAUCCCUUGUAUAUAAAAAGUUCACAGUGCGGAGUGGACUCGGGUCAUAAUAAAGGUUACGGUGUUGAAAAGUAUUUUAUCUCGCAAAUUAAUAAAAGUCUAUUAAGAACGGUGGAUCCUAAUAAAAGUGUAAUAUUUUUUAUUCCCGUUAAGUUGUGUGCAGCAAAAUGGAAUUUACCACCUCUUCCUCAACCUAAAAAGAUAAAGAAUAUUUUAGGAAGGAAGCUGUCUGCCCAGUAUUUUUAUAAAAGUGUCGAGUUUGUAAGCAAACGUUAUCCAUAUUUCAAUGGCUCCCUUUCUCGCUUUAGUGGUGCUGAUCAUUUUUGGUUUUCUUCGCACGACGGGGGAGUCGCAAGAGCUUCCCUCAUCAAAGGAAACUUUACUUCAAAAACUAUAGCUUUGGUAAACACUGCAGAUCCCAGCAUGGGUUUUAUUCCUUGCUGGCACAUUUCCACUGUUCCUAAUGUUGACUUUGGUAGACCCCCGUCGCACUCCGCUAAGAAAGAAAUCUUUUUCAAGUUGCAUAGAAGAAACAUUGUUUUCUUUGCUGGAAAUCUGGCCUCUAAUCCAGUAAGGUUGAGUACAUAUCACCAUAUCGAGUCAGGAGUUAACAACUUCUUAUUUUGCGUAGCAUAGUAUUCUUACUGUUUCUUUAUUGCUAUUGCACUUAGUAUUUACCAGGUAGUAGCUAUUAACGAGUUAGUAGGUUUAUGGGGUGCAACGUCAUAGAGUGUUUUGUUUUAUUAGUAAGUCCACUAUUUAAAAGAGAAUGCGCGCAGGCGUGAGGCCGUUCCAUUUAAAAGU